AUGGAUCCUAAUCAUUUUCAUUAUCAACAAGUUAUGUUCAAUUUCAUGCAAAAUUAUCAAAAUCCUAAUUCUCAAAUUUCACCAGUACCACCAAACCCCGCCAUGUUUUUUCCGUCACCAAACAAUCCAAAUAUGUAUCAAAAUCCUAAUCCUCAAAAUUCUCAAGUUCCACUAUUUUCUACUCAAGAUCCAAUUGUGGGAGUUGAUCAAAAAGCUGAGAGUUUUUGGCAUAGAAUCGCUGCAAAUUAUAACCAGUAUCGCGGGCAAUUGUGA